AUGGCCGGGACGACGAUUCAGAACAUCCUGGCCUUGCCCAGCCCUGUCUUUACUCUGACCGGCUUUCAGACUCGGGCCGUGGGGCAUUGUGAUAAAUGGGAACGGGUCCAAAUGUGCCACGUCAGGCAGUGGGACGAUUUCAACGUUAGCAACAUUUCCAGCGCUUUUGGGGACCUUCUCGACCAGCCUGCGUCAGUAGCCAUGGGCGGGCUAUGCGCCAACAGGGGAGUCAGAAACCUCGGCGAGAUGAAGAAUCACGCCAUCGACUGGCUUCUCGGAAUUCUCGAGAGCCCCUUGGCAGCUGGGAGCCGUCUUCUUAGCCACAGGCUAGGUUCCGCGAGUGCAAUCGAUCACUCACGGGACACGACGUUUCCUGGCGCUAAACAUAAGUACGAGUCCAGCCUCAUCUUUUACCUUGACAGUUCGCCUCGCAUCCAUUUCGUCGUCAGCUGCGCACGUCUUUCAUCCCAAUGGACCUCGGAAGGUCUCAAGAACCAGGAGCCAGCCGCCGUGAUCCCCAUCCGCCAGCUCGCCACCUAUGCCAAAGAAAGCGGAACCCGCUAUUCUUUUAUCAUGACGGACAAGGAGGUCGUUGUCGUGCGCUUCAUAGUAGACUCCACCGGCCAGUAUCGAGCUGAGUGGCAGGCCAUCCCCGGGUACGCAAGCGGCGAGGGGAGUCUGACGGUUGGCCUGGCCGUCUGGGCUCUGAUCAUGAUGAGCCUCAACGAGAAGCACCGCGCCGUCACGACCGAGGCCGAGACGCUACCUAUCAACCUUUGGUGGAGAGAGCAGGGUGUUGAUGGAAGAUUCACUUAUCGUCACCACUUGUCCGGGAGGGAGCUCCCCUACCUGCAUUCGGGAGCAGUGCAUAGAGAUUCUUAA